CUCUCUCUCGCAAAUUAAUUAAUUAACCACAUGAUGAUCUGAUCUCUCAACGUACGUACGCCUCCCACAGGCCACAGCGUUCUUUACAGUACCACCUUCAAUCUCCUCGCACGCCCAGAUCGAUCGAGAUGGCAACACACGACAUGAGCGAAGAUGAGUCAGGUGCAGUACCAAGUGCAGAGAUGGUUGGAAAUGCAUUUGUGGAUCAGUAUUACUGUACUCUUUAUCAAUCACCGGAGGAGGUUCACAGAUUUUACAAUGAUUCAAGCAUCCUUACACGACCUGGACCUGACGGUGUCAUCUCAUCUGUCACAACUUUGCAAGCCAUUAAUGACAGGAUACUAUCCUUGGACAACGUGAACUAUAAGGCAGAAAUAUUGACUGCUGAUUCUGAGUUUUCAUACCAGGGUGGGGUGAUGGUUUUAGUUACUGGUUUUUUAACUGGAGACAACAAUUAUAGAAGGAAAUUUACUCAAUCUUUCUUUCUAGCUCCCCAAGAGAAAGGAUACUUUGUCUUGAAUGAUUUUUUUAGACAUGUGGGUGAAUCUGAAACCGAUGAUCAGGCUGAUUCAGUGGCAAAUAAUCAUAUUACAGAAAGCGCCUCGAAAGCUGUUGCUUUAACUCCUGGCUCUGCAGAGCCAUCUCAUUGUUCUGACCACCCAGAACCUAAUCAAACUACCCAUGUAGAGGAUGAUACUCAUGAACAUAAGGAUGAUAGUCAACAAUUGUCCAACGGCCAAGUGUCAGUUAGUGAAAAGGGAAUUGAUCAUGAGAAGCAUUCAAUUGAUCAUUCAAAUCAGAGUGCUGAAAGUCCACUCACUGAGACAGCUCCUACAGUCCAGGAGGGUGCUCCAAAGAAGUCUUUUGCAUCAGUGUCAUGUGAGGGCUCCCCUUUCCAAUCUACACAUCGGUCCCGUGCAUCUGUAGCACCCGAUCAAGCUUCCGCUGCUAGUUCCAAUAGUACUUCGGAAAUAGUAAAUGAUCAUGCAGUGAAGACUUAUGCCAUAUUUCUCCCAAAUCUGCCUAUGCAUGCCACCGCCGAACAACUUGAAGUAGUUUUCAAAACAUUUGGUCCUAUCAAGCAUGAUGGUAUUCAAGUUAGAAGUAGCAAGGGGUCAUGCUUUGGUUUUGUUGAAUAUGAAUCUGCUAGUUCCAUGCAGAGUGCCAUGCAGGCUUCUCCAAUCUUCAUGUUCGAUCGCAAACUUCACAUUGAGGAAAGGCGAGCAAACAAUGAUAGAGGGAAGUUUCCAUCAGGACGGGGUGGUUUUCGAAAUGAUAACUUCAGGAUUCGUGGAAACUACAGGGGUGGGAGUUUUGGUGGAGGUAGGGGCUAUGGCAGAAAUGAUUUUGAGAAGAUCAGAGGUGAUUUUUGAGAAGAUCAGAGGUGAUUUCUCAAGUCGAACACACCCUAAUGGUACUGGACGGAAUGGAGAAAAUGGACACAAAAUGGCCAGAGCUUAGCUACACGUGAAGCGCUCUCAAGGCUGCAGCCAGCAUG